AUACGCAUUGAACGGAAUUUUGUUCUCGCAAACGUGCUUCAAAAGUACUUUUUCAACUGCCAGCGUAUCGUGCGGCGUGAGAUACACUUUGUGAAAGGUUAAAUCGAACUCCAAGUCCAGGACAUUCACUAAAACCGUGUGACGUUUGAAUCUGUUUGUCACUAGCUCCGUGGACACCGUCGAAUCCCAGGCCUGUGCGGGAAUUUCCGUGAAUCAGCCAAUUGGUUGGUUGUGGCCAGUUCCGAACGUUUAUUAGUCGCGUUAACGUCCUCCUCGGUAAAGUGAAGCGCGGUGGAAAUGUUGAGUCAACUGUUACGUACCGUAAACGGGCUGAUGCGCGAAUGUCGCGCUUAUUCGAAAGCGACAGCCGUAGGUUCCGCCAAAUUGCAGGAACUGGCAAUGAAGGAGACGUGCUUGGUGGUAAACGAUCAGGAUCAGACAAUUGGAACGGCAUCGAAGCGAGACUGCCAUCGGGUCGCCCCCGACGGUAACAUCCGCCUUCACCGGGCGUUCAGCGUGUUUCUGUUCAACAGUGCCGGAGAUAUGCUGCUCCAACGGAGAUCCCGCGACAAAAUAACGUUUCCCGAUUGCUACACCAAUGCCUGCUGUAGCCAUCCCCUCUACGAUAUCAAAGGUGAACGCGAGGAACUGAAUGCCCUUGGCGUCCGUCGCGCUGCUCAGCGAAGGCUGAACUACGAGCUUGGCGUGCCGAUGGCACAGGCACGGCCGGAAAACUUUCACUACCUCACCCGCAUCCACUACGCUGACCGGGGCGAUGGUACGUGGGGCGAGCACGAGAUCGAUUACAUUCUGUUCCUGCAGAAAGAGGUCGAUCUCAAGCCGAACGAAUCGGAGGUUAGCGAAGUGCGGUACGUCAGCAGGAAGCAGCUGGACCACACGAUCAGUACGCUGAGCGCACCACUCACGCCAUGGUUCCGCCUUAUCCUGCAGCACCGGCUGCCUCUGUGGUGGGAUAAUCUACAUCAGUUGAAAAAAUUCGAGAACCAUGACUCAAUCGAAAGAUUCUAAGGCGACUCUACGGUCCUGUGUCGCAAUGGGCAUUAAGUCGGGCGAUGACCGCGGGGUGCAAUGUCACACAGAGGCAAUAAAAGGAUUUCGAAUCGUUUCUAGGUGUUCAGGGCAUCUUCGGGAGCAAGCUAAGGUUAUACUAUUCUUUUUUAAGAAUGUUACAGCGGUUUAAAAUAGAAUAAUUCUUUUGAAUGUUUUCCU